GGCUGAUUGAUUAAAGCCCUUGAAGAACAGUAGUAAGUUAUGUGAUCUCAUUGUCAGCUGAUGUCAAAGCAUUUCAGCAUUAUCAGUGGUCAGUACAGCAAACGACUGAUUCCAGUUUGGUGCUGUGGAGAUACGAAUCGAAGUUAAGAAAAUGGCAUGGCUGGGGUUUUCCUUGGCAGUGAUCACAUUUGGGAUGGCUGAGUGCAGACCAUCUUUCAAAGACGAUGGAGGGCUGGACCCUGAAGUCAAUAUGAACAUUACUGAGAUCAUAAGACACUGGGGCUACCCGGCUGAAGAAUUUGAAGUGGUCACAGAUGAUGGGUACAUCCUGAGCAUCAACCGAAUCCCACACGGGGUCAAAUACCAGGCCUGGCAAGAAGGCAAACCUGCAGUGUUCCUUCAACACGGUCUUCUUGCUGCUGGGAGUAACUGGGUGACGAACCUCCCCAAUACGAGCCUGGGCUUCCUGUUAGCAGAUGCUGGAUUCGACGUGUGGAUCGGCAACAGCCGUGGGAACACCUGGUCCAGAAAACAUAAACACCUCAACCCUGAUACGAAGGAAUACUGGGAGUUUAGUCAUGACGAAAUGGCCAAGAAGGAUCUUCCAGCAGUGAUAAACUUCAUUACAGAGACCACUGGCCAGAAGCAAAUCUUUUACGUGGGCCAUUCCCAGGGAACCACUAUUGCCUUCAUGGCUUUCUCCACGAUGCCGGAGCUGGCCAGCAAAAUCAAGAUGUUCUUUGCUCUGGCGCCUGUUGCCACAGUGGCAUUGACAAAAAGCCCUAUGACUAAGUUGUCUUUCAUCCCAGAGUUUCUCAUUUGGGAUCUGUUUGGACGGAAAGACUUCUUUCCCCAGAAUGAACUGAUCAAGUUUUUUGCCACCGAGUUCUGCAGUAGAAAGCCUUUAAGUGUGCUUUGUGGAAACGUCUUCUUUCUCCUGUGCGGUUUUGAUGAGAAGAACCUGAACAUGAGCAGAACUCCGGUGUACACAACACACUGCCCAGCCGGAACCUCGGUGCAGAACAUGGUCCACUGGGCUCAGGGUGUGAAAACUGAUAAACUGACAGCGUACGAUUAUGGAAAAACUGGAAAUAUGGCACAUUAUAAUCAGUCGACCCCUCCUGUGUACAACAUACAGGAGAUGAUGGUACCCACGGCUCUGUGGUCUGGUGGGCAGGACACGUUAGCAGAUCCUCAGGAUGUGGCUUUGCUGCUUACACAGAUACCAAAACUGGUGUAUCACCGCAACAUUGAACACUGGGAGCAUCUGGAUUUCAUCUGGGGUAUGGACGCCCCACAGGAGAUGUACAACAAAAUGAUAGAAAUGAUGAGGGAGCACGUAUGACAAGGACAUUCCAUUUUAACAUCAGGUUUUAUCAGCAGCUUUCGCUUUAAACAUUAAUUCUAACAUUUUGUCUUGUUUUUAUGUGUCCUCGGAGCAAAAACUUAUGUUCUACCCUCUGUGCUGUAAGCAAAUUAUCUUUUUGUUUUAGGUGCUAAUAACAUAUUACAGUCGUGAUGAUCACUUCUUGCCUACUGUGUUGAUAAAGGAAUUCAAAAAGGAAAAGCACCUGUUCAUCCUUGCUUGUACUAACCACUACUAGAUAAUCUGACUGUACUGUACUGUUUAAUGCCCUUGUUAUGCAAUUGAAACAUGAUGUUGCUCAUUUGCUUUUACAGAUGGUUAAUAGUAAAAAAAGUAAUGUUUACAAACCAUGACAUGAAAACCCAAUAAACAUGAAACAGACAUUUAAUAAUAAAUAACCUAAAGUAA